ACAGUGUGUCUGUAGAUAGACAAGUAAGUGGUUGCAAUAGGUAAAUUAGAAUAUACUGCUCAACGGCUUUCAGCCUUCAGUUGUGUGUGAGUGUGCGAGAGAGCACUGCCACACAAGGACUACAUGUUUGCUCAGUAAUCUCCGGCUCAACCUGUCUGAUAGGUGUGGGCUGGCUGGCAGUGACUUGCGCAGAUAUGAAGUCAAAUCCAACACAGUCUUGAGAGAGAGGAGGGAAGCUUUUGCAUUCCUGAAAAGCAGAAGGAAAGCAAUAGAAGAACAACUCUCAGAAACUCCAGGAAGACAAACAGAAGAAGAAGAAACCAUGGGAAAAGGUGAAAGGCGAGGAGAAUGCUACAAAAUGUAAAAUAAACCCGGGAAGCUUCUUCUGCAGCAGUUCGACAGAUGGGUCUGGAAUCCUAAUGUGGCAUUUCAGGCUCUGGGAAAUACAAGAUGUUGCUGUUUUUCUCAGCAUCAUGUUAUAUAUGUGCCACCUAGCUGGAGCCAUCUCCAUAUACUCUCCUCAGAGGAGCCUGAUCCGCUCAGUGCAGGACGAUGUGAUCUUCUCAGUGAAUUUCACCUGUAGCGGGAUCCCAAACAUACAAUGGACUUUUAUGUCAGGAUUGGUGAGCCGGACGAUAGGGGCCUGGCAGCCGGGGGGGUACACCAACAUAACGGAGGACUACAGCAGCCGAGUGCAGGCCUAUGACAACGGUUCGAUGGGCCUGUCAGACCUGCGGCUGCAGGAUGGUGGAUUUUACGUGGUCACCAUCACAGAAUCAACUGGGAGCAGCAAGGAUUUUGGUUUCGUCCUAAAAGUAAAUGAGGUUCUGUAUGAGGACCUUCAGUACCUUACUGUCUCUUUUUUGGCCCUGGCCUGCUUGGCCAGCCUUCUUAUGCUCACCAUGUGGCUCCUGGACAAGGCCUACAAGAAGAUAAUGGCAUGCAAGCGCAGGAGAGAGAUGCCAGGUGAUGCCAGAAAAACAGGUUUGCAACUUGGAAAUGUCUUGUGAAUACCCAUUCAGAAGAUUUUGGAUUGCUGGCAUUGCUCAAACAUAUUCUUCCCUGAUUUCUUGUAUGGAUACGUGCUGAAAACGUUCAUAACCAAAAUAGGUCACUCUACAUGGAGGACAACUAUGUAACCAAA